GAGAUUUUUCUAGAUUGAUAAAAGUAUCACUCUGCGCAGUACUCACGGGCAAUAGCAAACCGAUUCCGGACAGUUUGGUGGGUAACGCAAACAGUUGCUCUGGCACCAGUCUUCCAUGCCAAUGAAGCUACGAUACCUAGCAACUUCCGCAUCUACACUCUAUGCCAAAAAAAUGAUCUUUUCCAACGGUUUUUGGUGCGCCGCUACACUGAUGCUGUUGAGCAGUACUGUGAUCGCUAAAACCGCAAGAGCUCAGGACACAAGCAACCGUCUAGGGGACAGCAGUUGUGAGAAACUGACUACAACUAACUCUAGUCAAUAUGAUGAGUACUUCGACAUCGACAAGAUUGGCAACAAUCGUACGGAUCGCAACAUCGUUAACCUCGAGCUACUAGUUCGAGUGCAAAACAUGCAAGAAGAGUUAGCGAUUCUGCUGUCAGCCAGCAACCGAUCACGCCAGCAUCCAGACUACGAACAAACGUACGAGGUGCGUGUCAGCAAUACCUAUACGGUGAUCUACAAAGCGGCACUUCGUAUGUUUGCGCACCACAGCCACACAUUUAGCUUCUUUCCGGGCUACCAAUUUCGGCUACACAUUCUGAUUACGCGCCAAGGCGACAUCACUGUUACUAUACCAGUACUGCAGAAACCUAUGAUCCUCGCCGUACAUGAUGCUCGCACACCACCCGAGGUGCUGUACAUAAGUUUUGGCUCGCGCAUGAACGCGUACCCGGUCACCAUCUACUUUAACUGUGGAGACGGUGACAGUGCUCUGCCGACGGGUCCACUCUCUUCUAGCAAUAAUUUCAAUGAGGGUGGUGACUACAGUCAUCAGGAAAAGCCUAAUAAUUAUGAGCAGCCACAAUCACAUUUCAACAAUGAUCACGAUCAAUCACAAGAGCAGUUGGGACAAGGUUCUGUUGGAGUAUCGCAAACUGACCGUGGAAUGUCACUAGAUGAUGAGGUUAAUCGAACUCAUUCCUUAGGCGAAAGCGACGAUGGUGAGUACACCGAGCGCCACGUUGAAAAUAAUAAGGAAGGCCGGUGCCCUAUUUGUCCGAAACAGGAAAAGUGUGAAGUGAUUGUUCGUGCUUGUUCCUCAGACACGUCCAAAGAGCUGCUUAUGGGGGCGUCCGGCACUACUAAUGAGAAACAGAAAUACUUCUUUUACUUUAACGUAUAUCUUAGUAGUAAGAAUGAGAAAAGUUUUAAAGCCACAGGACAACUACCACCAUGAAUAUCGAGCGUUGUGUGACGCGUCUUCCGUGCAACCGCUUUCAACAUAUCCUGCAUAUUUAAUAUAACCGUUAUUGGAGCUGAAGAAGAAGUGAAUAAGGCGCCCGUUUUACGGUUGCGCUGAGUCAAAUAUCAAGUCUCUGUGUCGUUUUUCCUCUCUUGACCGAUUAUCCAAAUAGCGUAAAGAUAUAAAGAUUAAAAAACCAUAUCUGCAUUUCAACCCAUUUGGUAGUUUACCAUGUUUCAAUUGAAUAUGUUUAGGGGUUGAAUUUUUCAAAAUUUAGCGGUUAAAUAACCGGUGGAAUGAACGAGAGCCUUAAACACAAGGAUAAAUCGAUUUAUCAUGCGAAAAACUACGCAAAUAUUAUCAAUCAACAAUGAAAAUGUAAUGGCCUCUCCCUUCCCCCUUCCAUAAAUAGAUCUCUUCAACGAUAUUAAUGUAUUUUUUAAAGAUGUUUAACGGAAUGAAUGAAUAUUUAACUGAAUUAACAAUCAGUUGUGAUGCUGCAAAAUUCUAAUUAUGUGGCAGAAAAAAAUCUUUGGAAAAUAUCCCAAGAUUUGUUUGCCAGUGAUAGAUAAAAGACAAAAAGGUCAAGGACAAAUCGAACGAAUUAGUAUAUUCCUUUCGAACUUACAGCUUUCCCAUAGGUGAAAGGAGCUCACAAAUCACUCCGCAACUACUGUAUGCAUAAUCUAGCCCAAGUGCAAGUGUCUACCAUACAUUACCGAAUAUAAUCGGAUAGUGUAGACACAAGGGAUAGGUUCUUACAACCAGGCUACGGUAUUUUCAUCGUCCGCAUGAUUCUAUCUGUAGACCAAGAUGAUUUUAGAUUUAUGACGACGAAAAUUUCACUGCUUACCAGAGCACAUGCUGAAAUAAAAAUGCACUGUUCACCUAGCUUAGGCAGAUACUGAUGGUAACAUAGUUCCUUCUUUAGAAGAGGUAUUAUGUUAUCAUAACAGAACUACUUGGUUUUUAGUUUUUCUAGUUGUAAUGUACACUGUUAUUAAAUAAAAUACUGAAGUUAACAAUUUCAA